CCAGAUAUUACAAGAACAGAAAGAAACUACACGCACCGACAAGCAGUUGGCAGUUGUUCAGUUCUUCAGCUCAUGAGAGGAUGAGUGUUUUCUGAGUUUCGAGUUGAGCGGUGAAACGAUAUUUUUCGAUAAAUAAAUUUUGAAUAAAACCGGUAGUGCGGUAAAAUUAAAGACUUAAAUUGGUUAAAGUAUUUUUCGAAGUGCUUUGGAUUAGUUUUAGACAAGUAUUGCAUUGAUAUGAUCAACUAGUCCUCAGUCACAAAAAUGACACCUAAAUGGUCAGAUCUUCUAAUAUUCCUAAUUUUCAUUCUACAAAUCACAACAAAUGCUACAGAAGAUUUGCUAGAUCAAUACGUCAAACAUGUGGAAAGUGUAAAUAGUAUAAAUUAUAAUUUAGAUAAAAGGUAUAAUAAAAAGUAUCAUCAUCCGAAGAGCAGAAGGAAACUUCAUGGAUUCAAUGAUAUUGAUGAAUAUUUCAAGGAAAGUCAAGAAGACACCGUAUUCUUUGAUUUACUUGACAGUUUUCCAAAGGAAAACAGCGGCUCUCAAAAGCCUGAAAAUGAUAGACAUUUACUAAGAAAACGUAGUGUAGUAGAUAGUGGAUCAGAAAGUCCAGAAGUGGAAGAUUUUGAUUUACUACCUGAUAUAGACGAAGAAUCCAAACAUAGAGAAAAAAGAGACGCUUCAAGUGACAUUGCUUGGACCCAUUCGGAAACUUUGGAUAGAGAAGGUAGGAUAAUAUUGAGAUGGCAACCUAGACAUCAGGAGAUAUUGUUCAGAGUAGAGGCUAAAACUAGGGGAUACAUUGGAUUGGGAUUUAGCUCCGAUGGGAAGAUGGAGAAAGCUGAUAUUAUCCUUGGGUGGGUGGACGAUAAGACUGGAGUUGCAGUAUUAAUGGAUUGUCAUGGUGUUCCUACUAGCCAAGGAAGCGCACCUGUCAGAGAUGAAAUCGACAAUUACACAUUGAUGAGAGGCCUCCAAAAUGAUACACAUACGGUCAUUGAGUUUCGAAGAGCUUUCGACACCUGCGACCCGGACGAUUACGUUUUAUCAGGUGAUACUGUACGAAUAAUAUGGGCUCUUCAUGAAUAUGAUCCCCAACGAGGGGCAGAAAUGGUCUAUCACGGUGAAAACAGAGGUCACCAAAGUGUUCAUUUACUAGGUCCACCUCCUGUGGCAAAAAUGAGCAUUGGUCAUUCCAGUCAUUGGGAUGUCGUUUUUGAUGAUUUUAAGAUUACUGAGGAAGUAAGCACUAUGUACUGGUGCAAAGUUUUCAAAGCGCCAACAUUAAAUUCAAAACACCACAUAGUUGGAUUCGAACCCAUCAUUGGAGAUAAACAUUCAAAUCUGGUACACCACAUGGUCAUGCAUGAAUGUGAAUUGGAUGUUAAUGAAGAUGUAGCUAUAUGGGAACAAUUUUCUAAAGAGAAGGGCAAACCUUGCUAUUCUAACACGGCGUCUUUAUGGGAUAAGUGUUUAACGCCUCUGGUUGCUUGGGCCAUUGGAUCAAAAGGUGAAAACUUUCCAAACCAUGUCGGUGUACCCUUAGCAGAGAAGAAACAUUCUUUCUAUAUGCUGGAGGUUCAUUUCGAUAAUCCGAAAAAGAAGAGCGGUCUCGAUACUUCCGGUUUAAGGCUACAUUACACUAGCGAACUAAGAGAAAACGAAGCAGGUAUCUUGAUAACUGGUGUAGCGCCAUCUACCUUACAUUUUAUUCCUCCUUAUCAAAAAGAUUAUAAGACUGCUGGAUACUGCAGCAUUGAUUGCACUAAAGAGGUUAUUCCAAAAGAAGGAAUAAAUGUCGUAUCAGUCAUGCUACACUCUCAUUUGGCAGCUAAAAAGUUAAAAUUAAGGCAUAUCCGAGCCAUGAAGGAAUUAACACCAUUGGCCGAGGAUAACCGAUACGAUUUCAACUACCAGCAAUCACGAUCCUUAUCACAAGACAUCCCGAUACUUCCAGGAGAUGGCCUCAUAACGGAGUGCACCUAUUCGACAUUGAACCGAAGCAAACCAACUCUAGGAGGCUACUCGACCCAGGAUGAGAUGUGUUUGGCGUUUGUGUUGCAUUAUCCAAGGACCCAGCUUGCUGGUUGCUACUCCAUGCCUCCCGUUAAAUAUUUCUUCGAAAAUCUAGGAAUCAAAGAGUUCUAUGGUAAAGAUAUGAACCAAAUCGAGAAAGCGUUACUAGAGGGAAGAAUCGACGGGGAACCAGCUACAUCUACGUUGAAUCCGUUUAUAACUAAGCCAGGCGAUGAAUUGUCGUCAGAAGCCAACCAUUUGGCUAUAGUUGCUCUCAAGAAUGCUAAAGAUUAUGUAAUUGAAGGUUAUCAAGAUGAAUGGCACGCUGUUUUUGAUAAGCUAGUUAUUAAAGAACCUCAAGAAUUUAGAAAUUUAACUUUCACGGAACAUUUGCAUAAUAUGCCCUACAACGAGACAAUUUUUACCAAAACGAUGGAAAAAUAUUUCUACGAAGGUUUGCACUUGACUUUCUGCAGGAAGAGAGACGACACUCUAGCUAUUAAUGAACUUAUCGUGAAGCUUCCAGAAUUUCAGCAGUAUGAAAGGAGGGAAAAUAUCCAAUGUAGUUAUAGGUCUAAGACAUCGUACACAUCUCAAGAAAAUGGUGCGUUUUCCUCAUCUGUAAAAGUUUGGAUGAUGACAAGAGCUACAUUGACUUACUAUUCACUGUUGGUGUCACUAUUAAUAACGGGUUUUGUAUAAUUUUUUAAACAGUUUGCCUUGUUUUAAGCACUUAAAAGCGAACAUAAAUCUCCUAUUAGUCUGAAAAAAGUAUCUUUAAGAUAUUUGAUAUUUUUGUUAUGAUUUUAUUUAUCCAGGUUCACAUUUUUGGAUUAAUUGCACAAGUUCACAUUUUGGUAAUAUUUAGCUGCUUCUAUAAAGUACUACUAAUAAAGAAAAUUAUAGAAUAAAAGGACAUUUUUUUAUUACAAAUAAUUUAUUAUAAUUUUUCGGAAUUUAUGUUAGCUUUGGUGCAUGAAUAUCUUUCACCUAGUACUUAUUUUACACACACUCCAAAAAGUUUCCGCACAACACCUUGGCGGUUAAUACUCUUGUUUAAUUCAAAUGUAGGGGAAACCCGGGCAAAUGGGGUACUUAAGGUUUAAAUUAGGAUUUAAAACACAUCUGUAACUUUUAAGGUCUGGAAAUAAGCCAAAUACCAUUGAUAUAGUAGUAACUAUUUAUUAAUAUAACUUAAAGUUAAAAAAAAGUAAAAGAUUUUCUUAUCAUAUAAAAAAACAAAAAAAAAAUGUAAAGUACCCCAUUAUGCCCGUCAUAUAGGGUAAAAUGGGGUACCAAAUUAAAACCAAGAAAAAGUUAUUGACAAAAUUCGCAUACAAGUACUGAUCGUCAUCCUCAUCUUCUACACCUGCACAUUAAUUUUUAGCCCAUUUAAGGCAACUGGAUCAGCUUAUCCAUACUUCUGUGGAACUUAAAUAAAAGUUUCCGCAGAGCCAGUCAGUGUCACUAUCUUCGCCUUCUGAAUCUGACUACUUUUUUAGUUUAUUCAAUUGCGAUUUCUUACUCGUCUGUGAUUUGGUUUGAUCAUCGGCUAUCUUACUUGGUAUGGUAAAAAGGGUUAAGACUACCAAUAGGUAUGGUAAAAAGGGUACCCCAUUUUACCCUACCUAUGGUACCCCGUUUUGCCCAAAGAGCAGAUUUUGAGAUUAUGACCUGUUUAAAUUAUUACAAGUAUUUAUUUUUUAACAUAAUGACAAACGAAUACUCUAGAACACAUUCACUGUUAGUUGGAAGUAAUAAUAUUAAAUAAUAAAUUGUUUUAGUAAUAAUAACGAUGGAUUAUUUUUCGGCCGAUAUUAUAACUUGGUUAACUAAAAACGCACCUGCACUGUUUACAACAAUCGACUAACAGUUAAUUAUAUCUGCUUUAUGACAGAAGGCGUAAACAGGCGUCUAUAAUAUAAUUUCAUUAACGUCGUAUAGAUCGAGCGAGUGAUAUUGAAAAAAAAAAGGGGGUACCCCGUUUUGCCCGUCUUUCCCCUACCUAUUUUAUGACAAGCUAAUAAAAUAUUACAUGUAAAAAAUGAUGACUUGGCACUCAACUAUUAAUAUAAAAAUUAAUAGAGACACCAAUACUUUUGGAGGUAUUUGUAUAUUAGCCCAGAAACAGACGAGCCACUCUGCAGAGCUACUCAGUGGCGCCACAAAGUGGUUUAGACAGGCGAUUUUUUAGCGCCAACGAUUUUGUAGUGGAUGCCACUAGCAGCGAGGAUAUGGCUCGUGUGGAAUGGCACGUUUAAUUUACGCCUAAUCAUCGGAAGCUACUUUGUAACACCACAGAGUGGUUCGUCUGUUUCUGGGAUUAUAUUACAAAAAUAUAACCUACAUCAACUUUGACAAUUUAUCUACAAUCUUUGAUUGUUUUUGAAAUUUAAAAAUAUGUCAAACCAUUAAUUAAAAAACAUUUAAUGUUUUCGUGUAAACUCAAGACUGAGAAAAAAUGAAUAUUAAAAGUAACAAAAAUGUGACUAAAACUACUUACACUAUAAAAGUAUCUAUUUAUUGUUAGCUUUUGUAUAUUUUUGAUAAACUUUUAACGUUUUAUAAUUUUAAUUGUAAAUAAGUAAUCUGUACAUACCGAUCGUACCAAACAAUUAUGAUAUAAGAGCCCUAAGUUAGGUAGUUAAUCUGUGCUGUGAGUUAAUCAUACGUAGUGAUUUGUUUCUGUAGAUCUUCAAGUAAUAUUCUGGUUUACAAUAAUUAAUCAGCAUCAUCAUUCAGCCUAUACUUAUCCACUGCUGGACGUAGGCCUCCCGCAGUUCACCUCACAAAUCCCUGUCCUGAGCCGUUUCAUCUCGGUAGUAGAUCAGUUACCAAAUUAUACCUACUUAUGCAUGCGUGACUGUUUAUUAAGGGUCGUUUUCACGCUACGUCUUAUUGUACGUUUUGUGUGUCAUGCAAAACGUACGACAAAACGUACGUUUUAUCAAGUGUAUAGAUAAAUAUUAACGUUUUUCAAACAAUGUGUUCAAUCUUCACAACAAAACAAUCGCGCGACUACAAAUCGCAAGUGAAGUCCGGCGCUUAUGCUUUUCACAUCACAUCUUCGAUCUGACCUUGGAUUUCAUUUCGAUUCAUUUCAUUUCUUCUUAUACACUGGGCAAAACGUACGUUUUGUCGUACGUUUUGCAUGACACACAAAACGUACAAUAAGACGUAGCGUGAAAACGACGCUUUACAUCUGCAAUUUCAGUUUUUAUCGCAAAUGAAUAUAUCGUUCUUUUUAUCCAAUUCACUUUCGACAUUAGAAUCUUUCAAAUUUCAUAUUUUUUAAAUCACAACUGGAAUUUAAGGCUUAUAUAAAGAAACAAACAUUUCAAAGUAAUUAGUUCUACAAAAAUGAAUCACUCCGUAUGUAAUUAUUUAUAUCCGUAAGCUUAAUUUAUACUAAGAUUUAGUGUGUAUAUUUUGUAUUACCAAUAUGUUUUGUACCUUUUGAGAUUUGAUUAAAAUAUUAGAACUA